AUAUACGAUAUCAUCAUGGGCUUUUCCGAUUUUGCGCGUAUUAUCUACGACGACGCGCGUGCGCCUAGUUUCGACUUUGACAAUGCAGUGCGGCAGCGGUGCACAUCCUGGCGUAACGUAGUAUAUACUAGAUCCGUUUAGUGUGUGUACAUAGGUGUCAGUGCACACCAUCUCUAUAAAUGCGGACAAAACCAAUAGAGAGUUCGGUGCUCGGUGCAUUAAAUGUAUAGUGGUGGUGCGCGGCGUUAUUAAGUGCGCGCGACUAUGAGAAUUAAUAAUAAUAAUACAAUAUUGCAACGAGCCGAGCGGCUGCUAUGCUAUAACUGACCGCGCACAGUUGUCACUGUGUUGUUGUUGCUGCUGAUCUCAUAGAGAAUAAUAUCAAGAGAGCUUACUGUCAAAUGAAUAUAAAGAAUUACAUGUGUCAACAAAUCCAGUACCAUGGUUGGCUUCUUCGAUGAAGACAAGGCCCUAUUUCCUAUAAAAAGUGUUUCUUCCAUUGUGCAAAUCUUCCAGAAUCAGCUGGAAAGUAGCGUAGAGCCAGAUCUUGCUUUACUAUCGAUCCUCGUUGGGGUCAUAGAAAAUACCUUGACUUGUAGCCGAGAUUCUGUGCCAGAAGAUGCAUCAAAACCAAACAAAGAACCAGAACUUCCAACUUUGGAACUUCAAGAGAUUGAAGCGUUGUAUAACAGAUUUCAUUCAAUAAUCAAAGGUGCUGUUGAUCUUUCCGCAUACAAAUCAAAAUAUGCCACAAGAGAAUUGGUAAAAAGAGUAUCCGAUGUUAUAUGGAAUUCUCUAAUGAGGGGUUACUACAAGGACAGAGCUCAUCUUCAAAGUAUAUUUAGUUAUUUAACAUUUAAUAAAUUGGACUGUUAUGGAGUAGCUUUAGCUGUUGUUGCUGGCUGUCAAGUGUUAGGAUUCUAUGAUGUACAUCUUGCAGUAACGGAAGAUCAUGCUUGGGUUGUUUUUGGUGAAAAUGGAGAAUACACUGCUGAAGUAACGUGGCAUGGUAAAGGCAAUGAAGAUAAACGAGGUAGACCUGUUGAUGCAGGAGUCAAAUCAAAAUCAUGGGUAUAUCUAAAUGGACAAGCAGUUAUUUGCAACAGGCCAAUGGAAGUGGCUACAAUUGUUUCAGCAAUAAACCCAAGUAUCAGUACAAAUGCUGAUGCUAUAGAAGUUGGGAUUUUACAGCAAGAACUGUUAUGGUUACUUUAUGACUUGGGUCAUUUACGAAAAUAUCCAAUGGGGCUUGGUAAUCUUGCAGAGCUCGAGGAAGUUAAUCCAACACCAGGAAGAUGUCUACCACUUAUUCUCUUUCAAGAAGCUGUUCGAUCUGCAAAAAAGUAUUAUGACAAUUCACAUAUUUAUCCGUACACAUAUCUUGGAGGAUAUCUUUAUCGAUGCGGACAACAUGCUAAUGCUCUAGCAACAUGGGCAGAUGCAGCAGAUGCUUUACGAAAGUAUAACUAUUGUCGUGAAGAUGGAGAAAUAUACAAGGAAUUGCUUGAAAUCGCAAAUGAACUCAUUCCACAUACUUUGAGAAUUGACGAACAUUUAUUGCGACAACCGCGAUGCUUUGGUUACUUAUUGCGAUUUUAUGAUGGUAUUUGUCAUUGGGAAGAAGAUGCAAAUACUCCUGUAUUGCAUAUUGGAUGGGCUAGACCACUCGUGAAUACUAUUUCAAAAUUUGAUUCGAGUAUUCGAGCCCAAGUUGCCAUCACAUGCUAUGAAGCAGAUUCAAAAUUUUCAGAGGGCAGUUCAGAUGAAUCUGUGAAUAACAACAAUAAUUACAAGGAACGAUGUAGUCCUACUCAUAACUUGAUUAAAAGCAUCGAGUCUGUAGUUCCCGAAAGUCCAGAACCAAUGCAUCCUGGAAUACAAGCCUUAGUUGAAGCUUGUGGAGAAAAAAUUCUGAAUAGAGAAUACCUUCUGCAAGGCGAUGGAGAUCCAUUUAUAUCACCAGCUGACUGUAAUGCAUUGCUUGAACUUCCGCUCUCAACAUCAUCAGUGUGCGGAGGCGGAAUCUCGACUCCGUCAACUUCGCAAGAUAGCCUUGACGACGGGCUGAGUGAACUUGAAAUUGAGCUCGAAACGGAAGAACCACGAAUCACACUUUAUAGUCACAAAAUGAAGGGUCUUAAAGAUUUACUACUAAGUGAAAAACUCAACACUCAUGCAAUAUCUUUACAAUUAACCGCUCAGAGUCAAGUUCAGGUGGGUAAAAAGUCAACCAGGCAUGGGGAUGAUUCGUCUGGUGCAAAUUUAAGGCCCAAAAGAACGCGAAGAGAAUAGAAAUACCUGAUUAUUUAUUAUUUUCUUCUCUUUCUUUCUGCUUUACUAAAAAAAUCCGAGUAUCUUUGUUAUGAGUUGUCUAUAUCUAUAUUCUUUUUAUAAAAAAAAACAUUAGACUUGAAUUGAGAAAUUCAUCCUAGAAGAGUACAAAAAAGCUGUAACUAAUUCUAGUUAUUAACUGAUAAGGGCAUUUGUGCUUAUUGCUAUUUAAUUAACAUUUAUUUCAAUGUCCUAAAUCUGCACAUAUAUUUAUUUAUUUGCAAAGUUGUAUAUUACAUAAAUGUCAACUUGCUUGUUUGAAACGCAGCAUUAUUUGAAUGAGACUGGCGUGCCCGCACGACAAAUUAUCUUGCGUUUAGUCGCAAAAAAUAAUCAUUAACUUAUAUUUUAUUUUAAAAAAUCGAUGUUUAUUGUCUUGUUGCACUUUUGCUUUAUUU